UAGCAGGCUAAUGACGAUGUUUACGACAUAUUGCUGUUUUGCGGUAAUACGGGAUAACGACAUGUUGCUGUAUUGCGGCAGUCAAAGAUUACAUGACGUCACUUCCGUCAUGCACGAAGCUCUGAGGAAUAAAAACACCUGACAAGACUCCUUGAUGAAGGUAGCAGUACCUGUUUGCGGACCACAUGGCGAUAGGGCUGUUUAGUUUCUCCCCUGGGGACCCUCGCAGACUGGUGUUCGGGGUGCUGUUGUUACUGCUGGUGGAUGCUAUAUGGGUCGGAUCAUCAGAGCUCACCAAGUACAUCUACCAGAAUGCUGGGUUUGACAAGCCUUACUUCAGCACCUAUGCCAAGACUUCCAUGUUUAUCCUGUACCUCGGAGGCUUCCUGUUCUGGAGACCAUGGAGGGAACAGUGCUGCAGCCAUGUCAGGAAAACUGACAGUACCAACACACAUAAUGGGACAGUGGUUGUAGAUGCAGACAACAAUGAAACCAGCUCUGAUCAGGACCCAGACCUACCAGAAGAUGGGCAGGACUCAAAAUUGAGUGAACCCCUGUACGUCCCCAUCAAACUGAGUGACAGUGAGAGAAGCAGUGUGGCGAGUGAUCUGGACAAACUGGAGUCAGUGGAAACAAGUCCGGCUCUUCUGAAAAAGAAAGGCAAGGUCAGAUUCAGUAACCUGCUGGAAGUAAGACACAUGUCAGGCACUGAAGCCGAGGCAGCUAACCUGGCCAGGAUGUCCUACACAGCCUCCCUCAGACUGGAGGAGUCCCACAGUAGAAGUGCUAACAAACUGCACCCCAAACAAGUGGCUAAGAUAGCCCUGCUGUUCUGUAUACCGUGGUUCCUUGGGAAUCUGUCAUAUCAGGAGGCCCUGGAUGAGACCCAGGCUGCUGUAGUCAACAUCUUGUCAUCUACCUCAGGCCUGUUUACCUUGAUCCUGGCAGCUCUGUUUCCCAGCUCCUACGGAGACAAGUUCACAGCGUCUAAGUUGGUAGCAGUUCUCUUAAGUAUUGGAGGGAUAGUGUUGGUGUCCAUGUCUCACACAAACCAGCAGGACCAGCUACAGCUGGGCGCACUCUGGGCUCUGUGUGGGGCGGCUCUGUAUGCAGUCUACCUGGUCAUGCUGAAGAAGAAAGUAGAUAAUGAAGAAAGGCUGGAUAUUCCCAUGUUUUUUGGUUUUGUAGGCAUGUUCAACAUGGUCCUGCUGUGGCCAGGCCUCCUGGUCCUGCACCAUCUCAAGCUGGAGUCAUUUGUGUGGCCGACUCCACAGCAAUGGAUGUACUUAGCACUCAAUGGGCUGAUUGGAACAGUUCUGUCAGAAUUCCUCUGGUUGUGGGGCUGUUUUCUCACAUCGUCACUGAUAGCAACCUUGUCUCUCAGCCUUACCAUUCCUCUCACUGUCCUGGUGGACAUAUUCCUCAAAAAGGUGUCUUUUAAUUGGAUGUUCUUCAUGGGAAUCCCUCCUGUCUUCCUGUCCUUUUUUGCGGUGACGUUCCUGUCUCACUGGGAUGACUGGGACCCUGUCAUGGUGGUGCUGAAGAAAGCUCUACAUUGUUUCUGCCACUGUAGAAGAAGAACUCAUGCAAGGAGUCCUGAGGACCUGGAGCAGAGGGAAAGUCUUAUAGGAAUAGAAGAUGGAUCUGGAAGCCAGGAGGAGAUGGAGGGCUGUACAUAACAACUGCACUGUGGAGGGUUCUACUGUAGUACACAUCAAUAAGACAAUGUAGAGCACAUAUUAGAUCAGGGUUGUAGGCAGCCUGAAAUCAUUUUCCGUCCCCUUGAUUUUGAAUGGGAAUCCUAUCGAGCGCCGAAAGUGUGAGACAUUGUGAGACGUUCCAAGGGGGGUCUUGGGUUCUUGAAAAUUUUGAAAUCUAAACCCUCUGAAAUGCUAUUUCCUGCAUUUUGAGGUGUAAAUUUUGCUGGUAAACUAUGCUGUUCAACCAUAUCUGCUUUUGGUGAAAAAUUACACAAGGCUUUCAGGGUUUUUUUAAUCUUAACACAUCGAUUUUUGUCCGUCACAGAGGACGGAAUGGGCAAAAAAAAAAUUCCGUCCCCAGCUGCAAAAUUCCAUUGAAGGACAGAAGGGCGGACACUGGCUACAACCCUGUAUUAGAUUAGAACUUCUGAUGGUCCAAGUUGUAUGUGAACAAUGAAGAUGAGGUCAAUGGUAAUGUUGUGGCUGUUCUUAGGCCCUGGUGAUUUGAUUAUAUGGAUGACAUCCUCUGGGAACUCCACAACUGAUCCAAGGUUGUGAAUGAAAAGAAUUAGGCUAAAGAUAAAGUUUCCAUCAUAAUGAUAUCUAAGUGGUCAGUAAAGUUGAACAAAUAUCUCA